AGGUGAGCGGUUGGGGGGCGGGAGGAGGGGCCGAGGCGGCUCACCUGGCGGGACAGGUGCCUGGUUACAGCAAACCAUGCAAUGAACAAUGCCCCGUCCCGGACACUCUCGCCCAUUAUCCGGGCCGCCCCGCUUAGGACCCUGGGAGCGGCCAACAGAGCAAUGCCUGCAAGCAUACGUUGAGCCACCUCAACCCCCUCCAAGCCGCCGUACCCGCAGGCCAGACCCCAAAGACCCUGGUCGCCAUGGCCCUGAGAGCCUCACCUUCAUCUCUGGCUCUGCUGAAGCAGCUGCUGAGCCCCCUGCCUGCUGUCUGCUUUGGCGACCUUGGGUGUGGGACUGGUGCAGGGCUGCCUUCUGCUUCCGUCGCUGCUGGGAUUGCCUCCAGCGCUUUGGAGCCUGUAUGCAGGGCUGCGGCCCCUGCUUGUCUGCCAGGGACUCUGCUGAGGAGGCUGCCGAAGCCACCUGGGCCAAGGAGCACAAUGGGGUGCCUCCUAGCCCCAACCACGCACCCCCCAGCCAGCGGGAUGGCCAGCGGCUCAAGUCAACCAUGGGCAGUAGUUUCAGCUAUCCUGAUGUUAAGUUCAAAGGCAUCCCUGUGUAUCCCCACCGCAGCACCGCCUCCUCAGCCCCUGAUGCAGACUCCUGCUGCAAGGAGCUACUGGCUGACCCCCCACCCACGAGGCAUAGCCUGCCUAGCACCCUUGCCAGCAGUCCCCGGGGCUCAGAGGAGUACUACUCCUUCCAUGAGUCGGACCUGGACCUGCCGGAGAUGGGCAGUGGCUCCAUGUCAAGCCGGGAGAUCGACGUGCUCAUUUUCAAGAAGCUGACAGAGCUGUUCAGUGUACACCAGAUUGAUGAGCUGGCCAAGUGCACAUCAGACACUGUGUUCCUGGAGAAAACCAGUAAAAUCUCGGACCUUAUCAGCAGCAUCACACAGGACUACCACCUGGAUGAGCAGGAUGCUGAGGGCCGCCUUGUCCGCGGCAUCAUUCGCAUCAGUACCCGCAAGAGCCGUGCCCGCCCACAGCCCACGGAGGGGCGCUCCACCAGGGCUGCUGCCUCUGCUGCUGCCCCUGACAGUGGUCACGAGACCAUGGUGGGCUCAGGCAUCAGCCAGGAUGAACUGACAGUGCAGAUCUCCCAGGAGACGACCGCAGACGCCAUUGCCAGGAAGCUGAGGCCUUAUGGAGCCGCAGGGUACCCAGCCAGCCACGACUCGUCCUUCCAGGGCACGGACACAGACUCGUCAGGGGCACCCCUGCUCCAAGUGUACUGCUAAUCCCUACUGGGCCCAGCAGCCGCAGCCCCUUCUGGGAGAAGCACAGCUUACACAAUGAAAAGGGAGACCAGGACCUCCUUUGGGCAAGUCUGGGCAUGAGCCCAGAAGCAGUGCCCACUCUGGCUCCUUCUGCCUUGGCUGACUGGUUCUUGGACCACUUGCAUUUCACUGGGCCAUGGUGUCCACAUCCCUACUGCAUCUCCAGCUGGCCUGACCCCUGCUUGGCCUGUUCCUUCCUCCCUAUGGCCUUCAAGUAGCCUGUGUCAGAAAGCAAUGUUUAAGUUACCUUCUAGGAUUGAAUCCUGACUCUACCCUCAUAACAUGCCAUCCUAACCAAUCAUGCAAACUUCUCCCUCCCUGGGGGGCCCCAGCAGCUGAAAGAAGC